CGCAUGCGUGCAGUGCUGCCUAUCAAAAAAGACUACGAACUCGAGAGAUACUUAGGGCAUCACAGCAAACGUCCCUAGCUGAAAGUGGCAAAGGCAUUCACCCCGGAGGAAGUGAACACCGCAGGGGCGUGGAUUUUCGCGAUUCUUGCAUUUUGUAGUGUCAAGGCUCGGGUCUUGUCCCUCAGAUUCUCGGGACGACCCGGUCCCAGUGCAACUAUGAACUUGGAGCGGGUGUCCAACGAGGAGAAGUUGAACUUGUGCCGGAAGUACUACCUAGGUGGGUUUGCUUUCCUGCCUUUUCUCUGGCUUGUCAACAUCUUCUGGUUUUUCCGAGAGGCCUUCCUUGUACCGGCGUACACAGAACAGAGCCAAAUCAAAGGCUAUGUCUGGCGCUCAGCUGUAGGCUUCCUCUUCUGGGUAAUUAUACUCACUACCUGGAUCACCAUCUUCCAGAUCUACCGGUCCCGUUGGGGCGCCCUUGGGGACUACCUCUCCUUCACCAUACCCCUGGGUACCCCCUGACAACUUCUUUUGCACAGGCCUGAGAUCUGAUCAUUCUCCCAGGAUGAGCUCCUCUUAUUCCCAUAUCCUAUUUUCUCUGUUGUCAUCCCCCAAUAAACAACCCUAAUUCUCUA